UAUGACUUAUGAAACGUGUCCUAUGUUUGCAUCACAUGUUUGUCACUAUUAGUGAACAUAUUUACCCAUCAAUUGUCACAUUUGUGUAAUCAGUUUGUUAUAGAUUUGAAGAGUUGAAGAGUUUUUCACUUAAUUAUUAUCUAAAUGAUGGCAAAUGAAAAUAAUUUAAACGGUGGUAAUGGUAUAGCAAGUGGUGAUAAUAAUGUUGAAUCAAAAGUGGAUUUAAUUAAACGUAAUCUUCAGGAAGUUUUGGGCGAAGAUCGUCUCAAAGAGAUCCUAUUGGACCGGGAUGUGCGUAUCUAUUGGGGAACGGCGACCACUGGCCGACCACAUGUGGCAUAUUUUGUGCCGAUGUGUAAAAUCGCCGACUUUUUGAAGGCCGGCUGUGAGGUGACGGUGUUGUUCGCCAAUCUUCACGCAUACUUAGACAACAUGAAGAGUAGUUGGGAUUUACUUGAAUAUAGAACACAAUAUUAUGAGACUGUUAUCAAAUCGAUGCUCACCUCUAUUGGUGUUUCCAUCGAUAAACUUAAGUUUGUUAAGGGAACUGAUUAUCAACUUAGUCGAGAGUUUACUCUCGAUGUUUAUCGAUUGUCAUCGAUGGUCACCGAACACGAUGCCAAAAAAGCCGGCGCAGAAGUGGUCAAACAAGUGGAUCAUCCGAUGAUUAGUUCAUUGCUAUACCCAGGACUACAGGCAUUGGAUGAAGAGUACCUCAAAGUGGACGCCCAGUUUGGAGGUGUAGAUCAAAGGAAAAUAUUUACUUUUGCUGAAAAAUAUUUACCUCAAAUGGGUUACACUAAGCGAAUACAUUUUAUGAAUCCAAUGGUUCCGGGUCUGUCCGGCGGCAAAAUGAGUUCAUCUGAAGAAGACUCAAAAAUAGAUUUGUUGGACACACCACAAGAUGUCAAAAAGAAACUCAAGAAAGCUUUCUGUGAGCCGGGAAAAGUUGAAGACAACGGUGUUCUUGCAUUUGUCAAACACGUCAUCUUUUCACUGUUUGAUUCAUUUGAAAUCACUCGAAAAGAAGCCUUCGGCGGUAAUCUUGUUUAUAAAGAGUAUCAAACACUAGAAGAAGAUUUUGUCAAAGAGGCAUUACAUCCAGGUGAUUUGAAAAAUUCGGUUGAAAAAUACUUGAAUCAACUAUUAGAUCCAAUUCGGCAAACAUUUAAUGAUCCCAUACUAAAGCAACUAAUAGAUAAAGCGUAUCCUAAACUUGAUAAAAAGGGAAAGCCUAUUACUCCAAAAACAAAUAACAAUAAACAGGGAAAACAAAAAACAAAAGGAAAUAAAAAAGAUGAAACAAAAUCAGAUGAAACAAAAUCAGAAGAAACUGAACUCAAACCAACAUAACCUAAACUACUGUAUAAYCUAAACCUCAAUGAAAACCAUAAGUUAACUAUAGAUAUAGCUUUAAAUGUAUAAAAGGUGUACAUAUAAUAUACGAGAUUUACAAAUUUGUUACUUAUUUUUUAAGUACAAAAUUGUAAGCAUUUUGACCAAAUAAAUACCACUUUGAUUAAGUGUUAA